AUGGAUCCAUUCACACAAAUAUAAAAAACAACUUAAAAUUCAGCUUUAAGAAAAACUCUGAAUAAUUUAAUGCUGUUUGUAAAAUUGCCUAUAUUUUUCAUCAUGGUAUUAGAAAUAGUAAUCAUGAAUGACUUAAUAUUUCUCAAAAUAUAAAGACGAUAAUUUCAUAUUGUACUGCAUAAAUUUCUGAGAUUUCUAAUCUUAAUCCAUAACUAUUUAAGCGGAAGAUUGUUAUUGUUAGUUUUAGGAUACUUUAAAUAUAAAUCACUUUUUCAUAACAGUACAUAAAACUUUAAAUACCUGAACUUAUAAUCAUAUUGCUUUUAUUGUACAAGAACAUCUCCGGUUGAUGUGUUUGUUUAUAUCACAUAGUAAUAAAUAUUUAUAACCUAGUUUUUCUCCAUCUUUUACUCAUUUAUCUAUCAAAAAUGAUUAAGUCAAGGGUAAAAUAAUAAGUUAUGGAAGAGCUAUUUUAGAGUCAUUUCAAAUAAAUAAAUGCGGUUUCAAGGAGUUUACAGAUGGCUAUAAUAUAAAAGAUUUAAUGAUCUAGAUUAGAAGUCAAAGAACUGGUCCUUUGAUGCUAUUUUGGGAGGGAGGAGUAACCAAUGGAUAUUCUUUCUUGAAAAUUGAUGAAACAAUAAUCAACGAAAUCUAUAGUAUCACUAGAUUUGCAAAGGAUCCUCUCCAGAAACCUCAAUACAUCCACACAAAUCCCCAAGGCAUGAUUUGUUUAUAGAAUGAUGAUAGAAUGAUUUUGAUUGGAAAUACACCAAUCUAAAUGCUAAUUACUAUUUUAACAAAUUCAUUUUGUAGUUUAGAGAUGUUCUUCUUAAAAUUUUAACCAUACAAUUUUAUAGAUCAUCUCCCUGAUAUUUACUAGGGUUUUGUUGAAAGUAAAAUAAAGAGAGAAUUAGUAAAAUAUUUUAAUAUUAUUAGAGCGACUACUCAUGGAAGCAUUUUGAUGAGUAAAUCAUUUAGCAGAAUAAGUGAAC